AUGGAGCCUGAAAAUCCGAACGCGUUCAAGCGGAGCUCGAUGCACCAAGCGUUAUACAGUCGACCAGUGGAACGACGUGCAAGCAAGAAGUCUUCAUCCAGGGAUCGACAUGGUAUGGUCUACCCCGACAAUUUCCGAGAAACAACCAUUCGAACCGUGACACCAGACUCGCACUCUUCUGCCAACCAUUCCCCUUUAUCCGAACCCGAGCAACCUACGAGUGGCAUUGCAUCUUCGCCUCGCAGUACCGUGCGAUCACGGCCCACCGAGCCCGAACGUCUUCGGGAUUUUAACAAACAUUCAUCUGGGGGCCCGGAGGAAGAUAUUCCACCGGAGGGCAAGAAUCAGCGGGCGCGAUCGCGGACGACGGCAGCCGAGGACCAACGGAACGACAUCACCCCCAAUACCUUCAAACCCCGAACGCGAAUCGGAUCGAUCAAUACCACCAGUCCUUCCCAGCCAAAGGUGCCUGAAGAUCCGUCAUCUUCCAUCGGUUUCCCAUCCAUACAAUCCCCGAAAUACACCAGCCAGACUCUCCGGAAUCGACUAAGCAAAGCUGCUGGUAUUGGUGUUGUAGGAGGAGCAAGCAAUCAAGAUUCAUUCGCCUCGCCUCUUUCAAGCACCGAAGCUACAAAGAUUCUACAGUUGAUGAAAACAACUUGUGGCAGGAUGCAUGGAAUCCUUUCCUUUCGGACAGCAACGACCACUGCCUGGACAUCCGGGUACUGCGCUAUCAACGUUGCCACUGGAAGUCUCAUUUACCAAGCCAAAGGAGAGCCUGCAUUGGCCAAGACCUUGAUCCCGGAUCUGCGUGGUUGUCGGGUUCGGACGUUGUUUGACUCUGACCUCCAAACCACCUACCUGAGCGUCCAUACAUUUACUUCCGGGCUCGGGAUACAACUACGACCUCACGUGAAUGAGACGUUUGAUUCUUGGCUUGCUGCUCUGCUGUGUUGGCAGCCUAUCCGACCAAAAGGCGUUCAGAACAAGAUGACAAAACCUCAAGAAGUUGUGAUUGGAGACCGACGAAUCCCCGAACGUCGACGGAACUCGGAGAGCUCAGCACACAAAGACGCGACUAUCAUCAAAGUUGGAAAGAUGCUUCUAUGGGACAAACCAUCUGCCUCUGGUGCAAUGCCAGUGUCUGGACGCCGCGUUUCAACGUAUCGACAGUCAAGGGCCCUUUCUUCCUCAUGGCAAAAGGUGAGCUGCACACUGCAAGAGAACGGCUUUUUCAAGCUUUAUACGGAGUCCGACGUAUCGAUCCUGGCAACGGUGCAAUUGUCUCAAUUAUCUCGUUGCGCUAUUCAACAGCUCGACUCUUCGGUAUUGGAUGACGAAUUUUGCAUUGCAAUUUACCCGCAAUAUACGGCACAUCCAGUACCUGAAUCAAAUGUACGUCCAAUAUACCUUGCUCUCGAGAGUCGUGUUCUUUUCGAGGUUUGGUUCGUGCUCCUCCGUGCCUUCACCAUUCCAGAGCUUUAUGGCCCUGCAUCUCAAAUCCGAGAGGACCCCAAUAAGACACCAGAACCCGACGUUACUGGAACACCCUUGACCAAGGACAUGUUCCGAAUUGAACGGUUCUUGAAUUUAAAAAUUGUGGAAGCAAAGAUCUUCCGCUCCAAAGAGGAGGACACACCCCGAAGCCGCAAAGCGUCGAGAUCUCAUGGCCAACCUGUUCCCACGUCCAAGGUUAGUGAUUAUUACACGGAGGUACUUUUGGAUGGGGAAAUUCGUGGCAAGACCGCUGUCAAGUAUCGCACCAUGAACCCUUUUUGGCGAGAGGACUUCGUCUUCCAUGAUCUGCCGCCGGUUCUGUCCCAGGCCUCUAUCCUGGUCAAAACCCUCAACCCUACACAAAGAGACUGGACACUUAUUUCACACGGAACAUACACCUCAAAUCAAGAUGUGAACGCAGUGAACGCAGUGAAUAUGUUAGACGAGAUUGAGAUUUCUGCGAACGACACCAUUUCCGGACGGGUAGAUCUGCGACUCGAAGAGCUGGAUGCCGGUGUGGACACCGAAAAGUGGUGGCCUAUCCUAGAUGAUCAAGAUCAGGCCAUCGGCGAGAUGUUCAUGCGGGCCCGGAUGGAGGAAACUGUUGUCUUGAUGUCCGACGAGUACUCGGCGAUGUCGGAAUUGCUCCAUUCCUUCACAAACGGGCUUACAAUCAACAUGGCGCAAUUGAUGUCAUCGGAGCUGAACCACCUGGCCGAGAUGCUUCUUAACAUCUACCAGGUCUCAGGCUCAACUGUCGAAUGGAUCUCAGCUUUGGUUGAAGAUGAAAUUGACGGUGUUCACAAAGAAUCCACGACAAAUCGACUUAGGUACACGACGAGAAUUCACUCAAACAACUCACAGGAGUCUGGCCAAGAACGCGAGGUCCUUGUCAGAGACAUGGGGAGAACGGCCACCGUGGAGGCCAAUCUCUUAUUCCGGGGAAACUCGCUUCUCACCAAGGCUCUUGAUCUACACAUGCGUCGUCUUGGCAAGCAAUAUCUCGAAGAUACCAUUGCGGAACGACUACGUGACAUUGAUGACAGUGAUCCGGAGUGUGAAGUUGACCCAUCUCGAGUUCCACGACACGAAGAUCUCGAACGCAACUGGCGGAAUCUCACAGCUCUCACCACAAAUGUCUGGAAAUCGAUUGCGGGGUCUGCAUCGCGCUGUCCCCCAGAACUUCGACGCAUCUUCCGGCACGUGAGGGCAUGUGCAGACGACCGUUAUGGUGACUUCCUCCGAUCUGUGACAUACAGUAGUGUUUCUGGUUUCUUGUUCCUACGCUUCUUUUGUCCAGCUAUUCUGAACCCGAAGCUUUUCGGACUUUUGAAAGAUCACCCUCGUCCUCGGGCACAGCGCACGUUGACCCUCAUCGCCAAAGCGUUGCAAGGACUAGCCAACAUGACAACGUUUGGCAACAAAGAGCCGUGGAUGGAACCAAUGAACAAAUUCCUGGUCGGCCAUCGCUCAGAAUUCAAGGAAUUUGUCGAUUCGGUCUGUGCAAUUCCGGCCGAUCGACCGGCUCCCAUCGUCACGCCCUCCUACACUACCCCCAUUCAAAUCCUUGGGCGGCUGCCACCCACAUCGCGCGAAGGAUUCCCUAGUCUACCCUUCCUCAUUGACCAUGCUCGUUCUUUCGCGAACUUGAUUCGAGUCUGGCUCGAUGUAAGCCCAGAGCGGAUGAACGAAUUGAGUGAGAUCGAUGUCAACCUUCAAAAGUUCCAAAAAGAAGCCCUGCGCCUUCGAGCCCGCACCCAUGAGUGUCUCACCCGCGCUGAGCAAGCAGAGCGACCAAGUGGAAACUUGGAGAUCAAGUGGGAAGAAUUGGUGGACUCGAUGGAGCGAGCGGUGACGUUUUACGACGAAACCUCAAGCAAACCAAGCACCCCAGCAGCAACAGAGGCGUCAAUAUCUGGAUCUGCACCGGCUCCGAGUAGUCACCGCAACUCAGUCGGUUAUUUCGCUACCAGGCCUGCGUUCCCCCGCCGCUCCACUGACAACGCCCCGGACGCCGAGGAUGACACACCACCAAGUUCAUCAUCGGCUACCUGGGACCAAAGUCGUAUUCCAUUUGCCAUCCCACGGUGGUCCGAUCCACGUGACAGUACUGGGAGCUCCAAGAACUCCUCAACCUACUCGCUCGAGUACUCUGAGUCCUCAAAGGCUCGCCGGGCUAGCGUCACCAAAGAGUCCUCGAGCAAAUACCGCUUCUUCGACUUUGUACCGGCCCCUUCCCGACGCAAGGCCAAGGACCGUGACCAGCCUCAAAACCAUUCGCACGAGGAUCUACGCAAUGAAUCUUAA